UAAGAGAUUGGGUGUCUGAGCCUCGCGGGGCCUCAGUGGUGGCGGGCAGAGGUUUGCGGGAGUCAGUGGCACUGUCUCUGAAGACGAUAGAUUGGGAGUGUGUGGGAAUCAAUAAACGCGGGUUCUGUGAAAUGUCUUGAUUUGCAGGGUGCAUAGUGGCCAGUUAUAAUGGUCUUCAUGGGUCUGGGGCCAAGUGCGAUUUUUCAGAUACAGGUUUGGAGAGCUUUAGGGUUAAUGACCGAAGCCUGAGAGGAUCAGCGAUAGGAGGUUCUAAGUUCUGUGGGCAGUAAUAGUUUGGGUACUAGAAUUGGUGACUGUGGAAACUUUGGUGUCCAAUUAUGAGGGGGGUCAUUGGUGAUUAAUGUUUGGAGAAAUGUUUUGGGCCAUCGGUGAUUGAGACGUCCUUCAUAUUAUGCGUGGAGGAUCGGAGAGUAUUAAUGAUUCGACUUUUGUAGAUCAGGGAAUGGAGAAUAGAGUCAAGUCUGCUUAUCUUAAAGGUUCUUUCUGGCAAAGGUAAUGACCUAUGCAUCGGUGACAGCAUCCCACGAGUGAGCCUGGUUUCUGGCAAUCCAUUCUGACUCUAUGACAGCUGGGAUAGAUGUGACCUUGCUUGUGGUUAGAAAACAAAUUUACUAGGUUUUCUGGGUGCCCUUCAGACCUUUGGCUCCUGCCACCUUGCUGCAUGGUAGGGCUCUCUAGCUCCUGCCAGCUCAGAACCACAGGACGUUGGUCACAACAUCUACAGAAGACCCUGCCAAGCCCUGCAGGUUUCAAUCCAGGAUCAUAUGCUGCCUUUAGGUGACACGUCCCUUUAGUCUCCUUUAAUCAAGAGCAGUUUCUCAGUCUUCGUCUUCCAUGAGGUCGACAUUUUUGAAGAGUAUAGGUGUCAGAUCUUUUUCGAAGAACAGAAAAUGAUCAACUACCAGACACCUGUGUCAUUCCAAGAUGUGGUUGUGGGCUUCACCCAAGAGGAGUGGCACUGGCUGAAUCCUACACAGAGGGCUCUGUACCGGGAUGUGAUGCUGGAAACCUAUAGCAACCUCGUCUCAGUGGGUUACGAAGGCACCAAACCAGAUGUGAUCCUCAGGCUGGAGCAGGAAGAAGCACCAUGGAUUGGUGAGGCAGCAUGCCUGGGCUGCCACUGUUGGGAAGACAUCUGGCAAGUUAAUAUCCAGAGGAAAAGACAGCAAGACAUGAUUUUGAGGCAAGGUGCAGCCAUAAGCAAGAAAACACUGGCCAAGGAAAAAAGCCAUGACUAUAGUAAGUUUGGGAAAGUAUCACUUCUGAGCUCUGAUCUUUUUUCUUCAAUCCAGAGCCCUAAUAACUGGAACCCUUGUGGAAAGAAUUUGAGCCAUAAUUUAGACUUCAUUGGUUUUAAGAGAAACUGUGCAAAAAAGCAGGAUGAGUGUUAUGGUUAUGGGAAAUUGCUUCGGUGUUUAAACCAUGGUAGACGACCUAAUGGAGAGAAGCCCUGGGGAUGCAGUCAUUGUGAGAAACCUUUCACCCAGAACCCAGCACUUAUGUACAAACCAGCAGUAAGUGAUUCUCUCGUGUACAAACGGAAGAGGGUUCCACCUGCAGAAAAACCCCACGUCUGUAGUGAGUGUGGGAAAGCCUUCUGCUACAAGUCUGAAUUCAUUAGGCAUCAGAGAAGUCACACUGGGGAAAAGCCUUAUGGGUGCACUGACUGUGGGAAAGCCUUUUCACAUAAGUCAACCCUCAUCAAACACCAGAGGAUUCACACUGGGGUAAGACCCUUUGAAUGCUUUUUCUGUGGGAAAGCCUUCACCCAGAAGUCACACCGCACAGAACAUCAGAGAACACAUACAGGAGAGAGACCCUUUGUGUGCAGUGAAUGCGGGAAGUCAUUUGGUGAGAAGUCAUACCUCAACGUACAUCGAAAAAUGCACACAGGAGAAAGACCCUAUCGUUGCAGAGAAUGUGGAAAAUCCUUCAGCCAGAAGUCAUGCCUCAAUAAACAUUGGAGAACUCACACGGGAGAGAAGCCCUAUGAGUGCAAUGAAUGUGGGAAAGCUUUCUACCAGAAGCCAAACCUCAGUAGACAUCAGAAAAUUCAUGCUAGAAAGAAUGCCUACAGGAAUGAAAACUUAGUAAUUGUGGGAAAUCCUUGAGCAAAAUAUCUGGUUUCAUUGUAUGCAGGGAAUUUAUUCUUAGGAGAAAUCUUACCAUUUUAAUGAAUUUUGACAAUGUUUUAUUAUCAUGGAAAUCAUGAUCUAAUUGUUAUACAGACUUUUCUAGAAAAUACUUUGUAAAACAUAAGCGUGGUCACCCUGGCAUGUAAAUGUUUAAAAAUGUAUUAAAUGGAAUAACAACAGAAUACAAAAUAUCUGUGAAGAGACUUAAAGGCAUAUUAUGGCAUAUUCCACAGUGAGCCAUACUCACUGUGAUAAAAAUCAGCACUAUUUUUAUUUUGGAAUUGUAAAUAUGAAUUUAACAUAAAAUGUGAAUAUUACACACGUCACAUAAUAUAUAGAAUGCCAUUCACAAAACUUUUCCACUUUAAAUAUCAUCAUUGCCUUUUGAUGUCUUAACAAUACCAAAAAAUAACAAUAAUGACAUGGCCCACUAUUGUUUUAAAAAAACUUUAAUAUACCAGCUACAUUUUCCCACCUUUUUAUAAUGCAUGUAAAUGGCUAUAGAGGUUGUUAUUGUCCUCUGCAGAAUAAUAAAGCAGUGUCUUUUAAAUGUGUUUUGAUAAGUUGGCCAAAAACUUUACUAAAAUAUAGUUAUUCAUAUUGAAAAUACAAAGCUAAGGAAUAGUAUAAGAACCUGAUGUUGGGUACAUGAAACACCGUAACCUUGACAGCCCAGCACCCUCACUAUUUGAUGAAAUGUAGCGUCAUCCUGGUUUAUAGUACACUGUUCAUAUUUUCUUGGUCUUGCUGAAAAUGUCUUGCAGCAAAUUAGUAGCAUAGAAACGCUAUUCUAUACAGGUUGUAAAACUCAAAAACGUUUCAUGCGUAGACUACUGAAGGAGAAUUUCUUUUCUUUCUCUCUCUUUGCAAAUUAAUUCAAGAACAUUUUUUAUAUAUAUAUAAAUUUCCUUGCAAGUGCCCUGGACACUAAAUCUCAAUGUUUUUAUUAUUUCAAUGUUUGAAAAGAAGUGUGCAUCCCGGAGUUGCCGUGUCAUCCAUAUAAGAAAAUAAAUGGCCACGUGGAAUCUACAUUUUUUAAGAUUUGCCUCAAUGUAAGAUUACCUGAUUCAAAAUGAGAAAGGAGACAUAACCACAGAUAUCCAUAUGAUUUCUUAAGUGAUAAAAAAAAUACCUCAUACAACUCUAAUCAACAUAUUUUUUAAACAGAUAAAGUGGAUGCUUUUCUUAUAAACUUUAAGUUAGGAAAACUGCAAUAAAAAGUCGAAAACUUGGUAGAACAAUUAUCAUUGAAAAACUCAAAAAAGUGAUUACAGAUCUAUAAUGGGAAAAUGUGCCAAGCUCAGAUGAUUUCAUGCUUAGUUCUGUCUCUUAAAGAAAGAG